AUGUUCAUUUAUCGGAACAAGGAUCUCCCCAAGGAUCCUUAUUAUCCCUCGGAUCUAAAGAAAAUGGGGUACUUCGUCACAGAGAACGACCAAAUUCGUAAGAUCAGCGACCCAGAAGCAGGUUUCCAAUACAAGAUCAACCGAAAUGACCGCUUCAACGUCAAAAACCGCGAGGCAAUGAAUGAUUGUAUCCGCGAGUUGAUUAACACACGUCUACAUGAUGCCGGGCUUGAAGAUAUGCGUUUGCCCCUUCGCGAAAAGGCCGAUGGACAGAUAGUUCAAAGUCGCCCCGACGAAGCACACGUGCCCAUCAUGGUGUCUGGAAAUCUCCGCACGGCCUCUCGCAUCAUCGUUGUGUUUGGAGAGCCGGUACAAGACUUCGGGGUCUGGGCUUACCGAAUCAUCGGCCAAGAAGAAAUCAACAAGGGCUCUGCCGUUGACUUUGCGAGGGCAGUCCUGGGAGAAGAUGGCAGCAAAACAGGCAAUGCACUCGUUCUGGCAAACACUGGUCAGUUACUUUGGAAUUGCCUCUACUCUCGUGCCGUGACAAAUAUCACCUGGGCUUCUCUUCCCCGUCCUGCCGGAAACUGGGGGCCACCAGCCAUGAGUUGGCGCACGAAGAUCCCCGGUAACAAGGAUUGGAGAGAACACAUUCACCAUGUCUUCAACAAGGUUCUUCGGCCAUGCAUCCGUGAGGCCACUCGCAUUGAUAUUAUCGGCAUGUCGGAGGGAGGUUUAGGCGCAAUUGAAUACCUUGAGGCCAACUGGGAAACCUGGGGACCUUUUAUCUCCGGAAUUUGCCUGGGUGAUCCUCUCCAGAGCACCAACGCCGAUAUUGACAUGAGCACUUUGGCCGAUCCGAAAUCAUUCACAGCCUUCCUGUCUGCUCGAUGCCGGGCAUACGUGAUGUCCGAUGAAGAAUUGGGCACCCGCCAUUCAGGCUAUCGCUCGCAUGGAUGCAACUGUUACUCUUCGGGAGAGUCUUGCUACACCGAAUGUAUCCUCCCAAGUGCAUGGCGUGACAUGCUCCACUGGCUCGAUAUGCUUUACGAGGAUCCUUCUUACGAGGAACAAAUUAUGAUCAUCGGACGAGACCUGGAUGAGAAUAUCAAGCAAGACCUGGAGAAGUUGAAUGUGGCGAGUGACGAGGAUGAAGACCCCGAGACCACUCAGGAGGACAGCCAAGAGGAUGGAGGUGAGGGUGAAAAGGAAGAUGAAAAGGAUGCCCAACAGAACACUGGAGGGGCUGCAAAGGCACAUGCGAAGAGCGUAAGCUCUCUGGAGAAGAUCACUGAGCAGUGCGAGGACGAAGUGAGCGAAGAAAAGACCAUCUAG